AUGACCACUCCUACUGCAAGGCACCAAAAUGUCUCUGGUGCAAUCAUUGUCUACAAGCCAAGCGGGCAGCGCGGCAUGAAGUGGCAAUGCGACCAAAGAAAUUGGUGUAUUUUCGGAUCUCACAAGGACUGUGACAUUCAAAUCCGGUCCGAAGGCGUUGCAGAGAUGCAAGCACUCGUCCUCCUGGAUUCUCACUGCUUUUCCCUGGAACAGCUGGCGGACAACGCCAAUACCGUGGUCCCUGGCAUUGGAGCCUUACACAAAGGACAGAAGGUAUUUCUACAAAGUGGAAACCAGUUUUUCAUUGCCAAGAGACACUUUGGCACGGAGAUAACUCUAUCUCCUGCUGCAGGUGGAAGACAAGACAAACCAACACCUGCUAAAAGAGAUACGAACAGCCCAUCAUGCGCUGCGAUACGGCGCACCUCACUAGUUCUAGCCAGAGAGGGAAAUAUGUUCAUUGUGGCCAGCACCAACACAAAACUGUUCCCGAGCUCGGUCUUAGAGACUCCUUCCGAAAAAGUUUCAGCUCUUCUGCAGAAUGAAACUUCCCGUCAUAGCUCAGAGAAGAAGACGGAGGGACAAGGACUUACAAGACGCAUUAACUUACCUGAUCCAUCCGAAAGCGAUGAAGGAGAGCUUCUUACAGAUCCUGAGGAAUCUGAGGAUGAAUCUCUGGAAAGCACUGAAAAUAUCGUCCAUGAUGUAGAGUCGGUGAAGAGUAAAGAUAACCCGAACACGCCUGCGAACGAGAUUUCAAACCACAAGGCUCAGCAGAAAGUGAGAAGCGUCGGCGGAGCCACACGUUCAUUCUCGCGAUGGCCGCGAUCUAACGGGAACCCUAUCACUUCACAAGUGCUAGAGCAUAAACCGAUCAGAAAUCGAUUGCAAUCAGAGGAAAACCACAUAACCCAGGGGUCAUCCACAAACAAUCCAGUGAAUUUGCGGCGGGAAACGGCUUUCGACCGCUUAAGCCGCGGAUUACCAUCCACUCCCAUGAGGUGGGAAGGUCGCAACCUAAAAAACGCCGAGAAGAUCCAGUCAGCUGGCCGCCCGGGUAGCCGCUCCGUCCUAUUUAGCAAUGCAGAGCUUGGUCAAGGACCGCAUUACUCUCCAGUCCCAGUGAAGUCGAAGUCACGAAUUCCAAUGCGUGAAAGCGAGAAUUGCACACCGAAUACAAUUGCAAUCCCAUCGGGUUCCCCAAAAUCUAAGUUGUCUGAAGAGAAAGUGUCUUUCGGUCAAAAGCAAGGACCGCCCCCUUCUACUAGACUGCAGCAGCUGGGCAAAUUCUUUUAUCCAGCUGCUCAAGGAAGUAACGUUGGAAGGAACGCUCCCGAGAAGCAUUCUUCGAUGGAUGAUGGCAAGACAUAUUCUCACUUUGAGCCAGACAGGGUCUUAACCCCCGAGAGAAACGUUUCUGCUAAUUAUAUUUCAUCCCGCUCUAGUUUGGAAUCAUCUGCAGAAGACAAUUGUUUUACAGCUUCUUCUGGUACAGGCGGAAGCAAGAGACGGCUAAACCAAAACCCUCUCUCUUCGUUUUCACUGGAAUCCUCUGCGCAGAGCUCCAGCAGUAGUGAGGACAGUAACGAAGAAUACAAUAUCGCAUCCAUGCCGAGGGUUCCUCAUCCUCUCUCUUCAGGUACACCGAAUCUUGCGGUGCAGAAUUCGGUCGAUGAUGGUCUUAGUGAAAAGAAUGGAGACGAAGUCGAGAUUUCAUCUUCUCCCUGGCGGCGUUCUCUUUUCGGUGCUGUUCUUGGUGCAGCGAAAGCCGUAACAGAUAGGUUCUCUAUUGGAGGUGCCUCCUCGAAAGAAUCUCCUGUCACAUGUGGACCAGUGACCCUGGACUUUGAUCCUGAAGAUCUAGAUACCGCGAGCGAAUCGGAGGGAACAAUCGACUGCGGGGACGAAGAGUCUGAAUCGCUCUCAACUGGAUCAACGGCCAAUGAAAGUACCGAGUGCCCGCUAAGAGAAGCUGAGGUGCUGAACGAUUCGACUGGACAUCUAGCUCCGCAGGCUCGGGAAAUUGAGAUACCCGUUAGUUCGUCUACAAAUUCGGCGGAUCUGGAAACCUCUAUCACAAACAUGAAUGAAGACGAACAAACAUCUCCUAGAGGGGCCCCUACGAUUGCUUCAGGAAUGGGCGAAGAGAGUUCAGAAAAACCAGAGGAGAUGGAGAAGUUCCGCCAAAUGAACUACUUCGUUCUCAAAAAGAAUCUUAAGAGCUUCGGCCUAGACACAAGCGGCAAGAAAGAUACACUGAUUGAGAGGUUAGAAAAACACAUGUCUACGAAGAAUUCCAUUGCAUCAAGUAAUGUUGAAGUAUGCGAAACCCCGACUGAGAAUGAAGCUGACAAGAAGGCGAUCGAGGGGCCCAAGCUGGUGACCAAGACACAAUCUAGGGAAGUGGACGGUUCUGAGAAUACAUUCCUUUCUGAGACCAUGGAUAGGCUAGAGAGGGUAGAGGAGUCAGGUCCUUCUACUACAAGAGAGGAUUAUGAGAGUCGAACUGUGAAAGAGAUUCGCCAGUUUAUGAAGCAGCAUCAAAUUGAAGUUCCGCCCAGAAUCAAGAAGGCGGAGCUGAUUGACUUGGUAAUAGCCCAUGGGCUCGAUUCAAACGGAAACCUUGUUGCGGACCCCCAUGCUGAUUCUUCUGGAAAAGGUCACAAAACAUCACUUGAGACUACUCAAACGCCUUUCACGCCCACCAAGGGAGGAGACGACAGAGUUGUGCCCGAGAUUGACCUAAUCACUCCGGUUCGGAAGUCUUCACGACGCAAGGCAUCAACCACUUGCGUAUUGCCGACGGAUGACAUCAAAGAGGUUGAACCAUUGCCUACGAAGGGGAGGUCUUCUGCGAAAGGCGAAACUCAUGGUGCAGCUAAUGAGAACAGCUCUGUUCGACAUGCAUCUCGAACGGGUUCCAUCAAGAAAAAGGCUCAUAAGGAUCCGCCGCCUCAAGCAACCCCGGUCAGGCGGUCAGCAAGAAAAAGAAACCCUGUGCCACGUUUUGAAGAAUAGGAACGAGGUCAUCAUCUUUGUCUUACGCAACGAUUCGAACUUUCUGAUUGUGUAAAAUUAAUUUACAUUGUUGAACUCUUUUGGGAGACAAAAGGUGAUAAACUGAUCCUACUUUUUCU